CUGCCGACGUCACUUGUUAUGCCUGGGCCUGCGGGGGCUCCGCUCGGGCGCGGGGAGGCGCAGGAGUAGGGCCGCCGCCGCCGCCGCUUCUGCUGCUGCUGCGGCGCCGGGGGUGGCUGGCCAGGCCGGGGGGCCGCGCGGCAAGCAGGGGAGGCGCGGCCUGAGGAGCGGCCCGGGUGUCGCGGCGGCGGCGGCGGGUGGCUGGCCUGCCCUGCCCUGCCCGAGGCGGGGAGCGGCCCGUGGGCGCCGGCGCUGCGUGCUGCUUGCAGGCCCGGCGGAGGACGACGAUGUGGCUGAAGCUGCUGUUCCUGCUGCUGUACUUCGUGGGGCUGUUCGUGCUGGCGCGGCUGCUGGAGGCCGUGGUGUGGUACGAGACCGGCUUCCUGGCCAGCCAGCUGGUGGACCCGGUGGCGCUCAGCUUCCGCAAGCUCCGCACCAUCCUGGAGUGCCGCGGCCUGGCCUACUCCGGCCUCCCGGAGAAGAAGGACGUCCGGCAGCUGGUCCAGAAGUCCGGCGACCUCAUGGAAGGUGAACUUUAUUCGGCUCUUAAGGAAGAGGAAGCUUCUGAAUCUGUUUCAAGCACAAACUUCAGCGGUGAAAUGCAUUUUUAUGAACUGGUGGAGGAUACGAAGGAUGGUAUCUGGAUAGUACAGGUCAUAGCAAACGAUAGGAGACCUCUUAUGGAAAAAGUCCAUUGGGAACAAAUGGUUAAGAAAGUAUCAAGAUUUGGUAUACGUACAGGUACUUUUAACUGCUCCAGUGACCCAAGGUACUGCAAGAGGAGAGGCUGGAUAAGAUCCACAUUGAUUAUGUCAGUUCCACAAACUAGAACAUCCAAAGGAAAAGUGAUGCUUAAGGAAUAUGGUGGACGUAAAAUUGAGACAGAGCAUAUUUUCAAAUGGAUAACUGCCCACACAGCUUCUCGGAUCAAGACCAUCUUUCGAUCAGAACACUUAAAAGAAGAAUGGAACAAAAGUGACCAGUAUCGAGUAAAAAUAUACCUGUUUGCUAAGUUAGAUCAGCCUCCUGCCUUCUUCUCUGCACUAAGUGUAAAGUUUACGGGAAGAGUUGAGUUUAUUUUUGUAAAUGUCGACAACUGGGACAACAAGAGCCAAAUGGCAGAGAUAGGUAUCUAUAAGAUGCCAUCUUACAUCCUUAGAACUCCUGAAGGCAUUUAUCAGUAUGGAAACAAUACUGGCGAAUUCAUUUCCCUACAUGCCAUGGACUCUUUCUUGCGCUCUUUACAACCUGAAGUUAAUGAUUUGUUUGUCUUAAGUCUGGUUUUAGUUAACUUGAUGGCUUGGAUGGACCUAUUUAUCACCCAAGGUGCCACUAUAAAGCGCUUUGUUGUUCUUAUAAGCACUUUAGGGACCUAUAAUUCACUCUUAAUUAUUUCUUGGCUACCAGUCCUAGGUUUUUUGCAGUUACCUUAUUUAGACAGUGUCUAUGAAUGUAGUUUAAAACUGUUUCGGUAUUCUAAUACAACUACAUUGGCUUCCUGGGUGAGAGCUGACUGGAUGUUCUACUCAUCACACCCUGCCUUGUUCCUCAGCACUUAUCUGGGCCAUGGCUUAUUAAUUGAUUAUUUUGAGAAAAAAAGACGGCACCAUAACAGUGAUGCAGUAAAUUCCAAUAAUCUAGAGUGGCUUUCAAGCCUUUGGGACUGGUACACCAGCUAUCUGUUCCACCCCAUUGUGUCUUUCCAGGACUUUCCCUUCGAAUCAGAAUGGGAUGAAGACCCAGAUCUGUUCCUUGAGCACUUGGCUUUCCCUGCGCUGUGGCUUCACCCACUAAUACCAACCGAUUACAUUAAAAACCUGCCCGUGUGGCAAUUUAAAUGUCUUGGUGGCCAUUUGGAAGAGGAAAUGGUGGAAAUCUCUCAAAGUGAAAGUGAUUCAGACUGUGAAUGCAAAGAUGUAUCAAGUAGUAGAACAAGGGUCUCCGAGGACCUUCAAAAACCUCCCUGUGAAGGUGUACUUCGGUGCAGUGCCAAGAUCUGUUCAUGUGCCAAAGCCAGGUCCUGCCACGCUAUGGAAGAUAUGGAGCCUGAUUGGUCAGCUUGGCCUGCUGGUACAUUGCAUUGUACAGAAUGUGUUGUAUGUCUAGAGAAUUUUGAAAAUGGAUGUCUGUUAAUGGGCUUGCCCUGUGGCCAUGCGUUUCACGAGAGUUGUAUUGUUACGUGGCUAGUUGGGGGGCAGCAUUGCUGUCCAGUCUGUAGAUGGGCCUCUUAUAAGAAAAAGAAACCAUAUAUAAAUUCCCAUGCUUUGUCAAGUCGCAACCCAUCUUAGCUGUGUAACCUCCCCACACAUUUCUUGCUUGCCUUUUACAUGUUAGUCACAAGCGGACCUUGUGGUUUGAAGUUUUAGUUUAAAUGUUAGUAUGGUGGAUGAAAUAAACACGAUGCUAACCUUGAUGACUGAUUCACUUGAUUGCCUUGUAUGUUGAAACAAUAAAUACUUAUUGUACAAUGACACUUUCCUUCUCAACAUUCUGAAGUUCAAAAGUUAGCAUUAUUUGGGUUUCUUUUGCUUUUUUUGCAAAUAUAUUCCAGCAAUGCUCAUCUGGAGGUAAUCUUAACAAUUCUAAUGUAAAAUAAUUGUUUUGUUUAAAUGUUUCUACUUUUGGUCUCUUCAGCCCACCUUCUGUUGAAUAAUGUACGGUCUGUGAGAAUACAUUUGAAAACAAAUCUAUAAAAAUAAAUUAUUUUAAAAGAC